UAUCAGAAAGUGAUUCAUGGUUAUCAUUUUGUGUGCGUUUUUGUGAAUUUUUGUGCGAAGUUUUGUGUGAAUGAUUUGUUCGAAAUGUUUUAAUCGAGAUGGAAGAAGAAGAAAAAGAAGAUAUUUUGUAAAGAAAUGAAGCCUACCGUAAUAACAAGCGGUUACGUCUACUAAACCUGGAGGAAAGUAGAAAGGAGUAGCAAGAGGAAAACGAAGAGGAGAAGGGGGAUGAGGAGGAGGAAGAGGAGAAAGAGAAGGGAUGGGCACAACGUCGGAGGAAAGUGGAACGUUAGCGUCUGUUACGUGCGAAGCUCGUAAAUACGAUCGAGGAUGUUUUGCUGUUUGUAAACGAAGGUCCAAGGAGAUCAACGGAGAGAAACGGGGAGGAUUGAGAGGAAGGAGGAAUGCACGUGACGUAAAUCGACAAACGUUGAUCGUUAUUCCAUCGGUCGAGAGAAACGGUGAAAUAAUGAAAGAUACAUCGGUGUCGAAAACGCAGGAACCUACCGAUGACAUAAUAGAAAUAAAAACAAGUGCGAAAACGAAAAGUUCUAAAUCGAAGUCACCUUUUGAAAAGAAAGAGGACGGAUUUAAGGUGAUCGAGGAUAAUAUUGCUAUACUUCGAUCGAACAUGUGCCUUAAAGAUAGUGUUGCGAUCGAACCGUCUCACUUCAAGUCCUGUUACUACGCUGCUAUCUUAUGCUUGUUGGCAAAAAUUCGCAUGGACGUGAAUAAAUUUCGUCAAAACAAUUUAGAUGAAUUUAUUUAUGCAGCCGAUAAGAUCUAUCAAUGCGUAGGCAAGCUACGUUACAAACUUCUAAGAUGGUUUAAUAAUUUCGAGAUCCUCGAUACGAAGUAUACCGUAAUCAUGAAACAAUUCCAAUAUGCCGAUCCAGAGAGUUGUGAAUCGGAUAAAUUUGAAAAUGUAAUGGAAAGUUUUUUGGAUAACAAUGAAACCGGUAUAUUGGUGACAACGAAUAUUUCUUAUGGCUUUUGGAAAGCAAACGAUCGAUAUUAUUUCUUCAAUCCUUAUGGCUGCGACGAGGAAGGUAAACCGGAUGAGAAGGGAUAUAGUUGUUUGAUGAAAUUUUGUGACUUGUCGUCGAUGUUGAAAAGGAUGAAAGAAAAUUUAGGAAAGUCUAUUCAGAAACCUUAUAGAUUGUACACAUUGUUUAUCGCUCAUAUGGAAACGAAAUGUCGGAAGAAAAAGAAGAAGAAAAAGAAAACGAAAUAUUGCAUCGAGAAGAUAGAGGAGGAGGUGCCGAUCGAGGACUCGGCUGAUUUCGACGAUAUAAAAAAGAGUGAAUCGGAAACGUCACUGAUCGAAUUGACGGAAUGGGUAACAGAGGAACGUAAAUUGGACGUUGUUCACGACACGACCGUACCAGGAUUUUCUCCAAUUCGAUAUUACGAGGCUUCGAUGAUAGACGUAAUAGUAUUAGAAAAUGAAAUAACGAGACCGGUGUUGGCACCGUUUAAGAAACAUAUUCGACACGGGAAAGAGAAUACUGAUCCUUACAAAUUGAUAAAGUCAAUGAUACGAAAGAAACCAUACGACAGAAAAUUUAGGGAACACGUGUCCGUGACCACUCCUAUCGAUCUUUGCAUAAUAGCUUGGUCAUUGAUCCAUGAUCCUGUGCUCUGGUCUGUACGAACCAUCAAAGGCCUGUUCGAUGCUAGUUGCGAUUAUACGUUCGAUAGUAUAUUAGCCACGGAAGAUUCGACCGUCGUCGAAAUGUCCGAUGGACUCUUGCCCGAAUUUGAGAUCGCCAAUUAUAUAUUUCGGGCCGUUUUUGUACCCUUGCAUUACGGUAUACUUUAUGCUGUCGAGGGAUGGAACUUGGCGAUGUCCUUGAAAUACGUUUUCGAGAGUCCCAUUUAUACCGGUGCUAUUAUCGUCUGCGAAGGUAGUCACAUAGGCGUAACUAAGGUCAACGAGAAUUAUUUCGCUUGGUGGAUCAUAAAAAGGACUAAGAUAUUACGGAUAAUUACGUCAGCGUGCAUCGAUGAAUUUUUGAGGAUUGUCGUAAAGGAGAUCGAUCAACCCGAGGAGAUCCAAUUUGUCAUGAGAGUCAUUACAAUUUCCUACGCGCGAAAGUUAGAUCCCGAUUGCUCCGAUGUCAAAGGAUUACACGAAUUUGUUGUACCUACGACGUCCUUGGCUGAGGUACACAAAAUGGAGGCAGAACCGUACGAUUUGGAAGUUAUAUUCAAACCUACUGUUCCCGAGUCCAAACCAAUUUUCAUCAACGGGACCGUCGCGCUUAACGAUCGUGAAACGGUGAAGGAGCCGAGAGUGAAACGUUGCUACUUCGUAGCAAUUUUGGCAGUCAUCGUUAAAAGGGACAUCGUUCAAAGUCCUCUUCCAGGAAUGAUCGAUAAAAUGAUCGAGGUAGCUGAAAACCUUUACAAGGGCUUUCACGAACCAAAGUUUCAUAGCGAACACAUAUUGAGGAACGUAACGUUGAUGAAUAGAAUUUUCGAUUUUCGAGAUUGUGCAUCCUGUUUGGUAACGCUCACUGUCGAUCCACAUAUCGAUCGAAACGAUUUCUACCUUCAAGUUAAGAAAUAUUUGAAGAGACACUUUAUGAUGCACAGUAGCGGUAUUAUACAAUUCACUAAUUGUUGCUAUGGAUUUUGGUACUCGAGAUCAACGAACUCCUAUUACUAUCUAGAUCCUUAUCAAUGUAACGAUAAAGGAAGAAAAGUGUCGAGCAAUGGGAAGGCCUGUUUAUGUAUCUUUCCUAGUAUCUGCCAAAUGGUUAAGAACAUGUGCUUCAAUCAAAUAGAAGAGACCACGGGCUUUUUUAUACAUCGACUUCACGUUGAAUCGGUGAACGCGUCACCUUUCAUCGACUUCCAGGAAGAUCCAAUAUGGAUUUAUUUGGAUUAUCAUUGGACUUUCGAUCACGCUCCGAAAAUAGUUAAAAUCGAUAAGAAAGGUUUGAAAAAGAGAUACAAGAGGAAACGUUAUGACAAGGAAGAGGAAGAAGAGCGGAAACCUAUGAGAUCCUAUUGGAACAAUUAUGUCAUCGAAGUGAACGAUUUGAUCUAUUCGAUUUGGGGUACGAUCGGUUGUUAUGAUUCUAGAUUUGGUAAUCGCGCUGGUAAAAAUCAAGCGGCUAUUAGUGUCGCUGUAUUGGCUAUGCAAUAUCUGAGUCACCCAUCGAGAUGGAAUUCUGCCGUUUUGGAUUCAGCAGUUAUAUGCGGUGACUCUUACUACACCGAAAGUUUGAAAAGUUCAAUAAAAAGAUGUUCCAAGUAUUUGAACAAAUACAAUUUACAACCGUGUUUCAAAAUAUUCCCACACGUUUGGACGAUCAAUUAUCAGAAAUCUAUAUGCGGUAUACUCUAUGGUGGUCGCAAUAGAUUGACCUUGGCUGACGCUUUGAAAAGUGCAUUCAACGAUGCACCGAACGUUCUAAUCGAGUGCAACAAAAUCAUGUUAGGCGCUUUGUUAUCUAAGGACGGAUAUUACGUGGCCGAUCCUUGUUGGAUCGGUCCGCCGCUCUUUGGUAAAGAUCGCGGUGCUAUUUACGUUUUACGUUGUAAAAAUUUUCACUCUUUCGUCUAUGCAGUGACGAAGAUGUUGAAUACUAAUCAGAGAUUAGAAUUUCGUAUCACACCUGUGACAUUUAUCUUCGAACAAGAGAACUUUAAGUUGAGCAAUAGCAAAGGAUAUUCGUUGAAAAGGAAAGUACUUCUCGAACCUAUACAUACUACUCCUGGAAAAGUCGAAGGAUAUGACGUAUCUAUUCCUGGAGGGCAAACUGUUGCGGAUGCUGAUUCUUAUUUAUGUUAUAAUAGAAAUGUAAAUCUGGGUAUAGUAAAGGGCAACGAAUUGGAAAAUCCCCAAUUACCGUCCUUGGCUCCUCGAUUGAAGAAAGAGAAUUUGAAUAGCAUGCUCGUUAGCACUAUGUGGCAUCUUAACCUAGGUCAAAACGCACACAUAUCCAAACCCUAUCCAAUAUUCGAUCCUACGAUCUUUGAACAUAUUCCUGAAAAAUGUGAAGACAGUAUGGUUGACACCUUCGAAGCACGUCAUUAUCCGGAAAGUUCGAUCAACGAUAUACUCAACUUCUGCGACGAUUAUCCUACUGAAAUAGAUUUUAUGAGUCAUUUGGAUAUAUCUACUACUAGUGCCGAUACUCUUAUGAUUAGCAGACCAUUAGAAUGUUCUCAAUCUCGUAGAUUUAUCAGGGACCAAACUUCUCUUGAAUUUGACAAAUUGACGGUCGACAUGACUGAUGAAAUUUAUAAAACUUAUCAACAUCGUCUACCGCAACGUAUCGUUGAAGAUAUAAAGGACGAAGAUUUAGAAGUUGAUCCAACUUAUGCGGAAGAGACGAUUCAUCCAGAAGAUGAGGAACCAGAUGCUGUGAAGGAGAUCGGACCUGUAGAGGAAACCGAGCCUGGAGAAGAGACCGAGCCUGUAGAGGAGACUGAGUCUCCCGAAGAAAUUGAGCCUACUGACGACGAAGAAAUUACAGAGGCUACAACGGACGAGGUUACGACAGACGACGAAUGAAAACCAAUGGGAGAAACAAAAGAGACGUAACGAAGAAAAAGAAAUACGUAAAACAUCAUACGAUUUCAACGGUACUUGC